UGUAAUAGAAUGACAAUAAUAGGGAAGGAUCAUAUUGUUUUGAUAGUAGCGACAGAUGAAUAUAGUGACGUAAAUAAGUUUAAGUAUACUAAUCAAUAAUUGGGUGUCACGUAUUAUGUAACGUGAUAAACAUUGAAACAUUCUGCUAAUAGCGAAGUAGUGGCGAAGUACGUCGGCACACGUACAGCAGGAUACUUUUUUAGACUUGUGUUCCAUGUAUCAGUUAAAGGACGCAAGCGUGGCCUAUAUUUGCUGUAACUGAAUUCGGAAAACAUUCGUUAUGCAAGGAGAAACAAGAUUGCUAAAAGUAUUUACUAUGAAUUGCUGGGGAAUACCACUGGUAUCCAAGAAUCGGCAUGAAAGAAUUACUGCCCUGGCAGAUCACUUGGCAACAUGUGACUAUGACUUUGUGUGCCUACAGGAACUAUGGUCAGAAUAUGAUUACCACUUUAUUAAGGAAAAAACUGUUGACUCCUUACCAUAUUCACAUUACUUCCACAGUGGUGUGCUGGGCUCCGGUCUCUGUGUUCUUUCACGAUUUCCAAUAGAAGACGUUUUUUUCCACCAGUGGCCUAUGAAUGGAUAUAUGCACAAAUUACAGCAUGGAGACUGGUUUGGUGGUAAAGGUAUUGGUGUAUGCCGUAUCCAACUGGAAGAUGUUUAUGUGAAUGUGUAUACUGCUCAUCUGCAUGCGGAGUACAAUCCAUCAAAUGAUGAGUACUUGGCACACCGUGUACUUCAAGCACUGGAUGCAGCACAGUUUGUACGGCUAACAGCAGCAGGCUCCGAUGUGGCUAUCUUGGGUGGUGACCUUAAUGCACUGCCUGGUGACCUUGCCCAAAGAAUUAUUUGCUUAUAUGCAGAAUUAGAAGACAGUUGCUGUGUGGCUCAUCCAAUGGAGACCCACAAAAAUUUUGGUACAAAUGAAACAGCAGCCAACAGCUAUACUGGUAAAAAAGUAGCAAGGGAGCAACCUGAGGGUAAAAGAAUAGAUUACAUAAUGUUUCGGACGUCAUCAAGAGUGAAGGUUGAGCGUGUUCAGUACAAGCAUCCACUACCAGAUCGUGUUCCACAACACAGUUUCAGUUACUCUGAUCAUGAUGCAGUCCUAGCGACACUGGAGCUAUCUGUCAUGUCUCCUGAAGCUCAACCACAAAUUGAUGAACCGAAGCCAGAUCCAAUACCCGCUCUGACUGAGGGAGUGGCAGUUUGUGGCAGCGCACUUCGCCAGCUUCGAAGAUCCCGCCGCAUUUACUGGGUGUUUUCUGUGCUGUUCUUCGUCGUAGUUGUGUGUGCAACAGUAUUUGAUGCGCCAGAAGCUUAUGACAAGAUACUCGAUGUGGUUAUUGCUGUGGCUUCUAUUUUGUUUUGUUUUACACUUUUUAUGUGUUCUUUGUGGAACCCAAUAGAAGUUAAUGCAAUACGAGCUGGAAAGUUAGCAAUGGAAGUGACAUUAGCUGCUGCAGAACUGCGUCUGGCAGGUAAAGAUUUAUAGAUGGGGUGCAAGCAUUUAUACAAAUGCUCAAAUUUACUCGCAUUUAUAGCUUGCCAGUACAAAUUAUCUUGCCAAUUUCUCUGCAAGUGCUGGCAGACUUAAGAACUCUGCCGUACUCAGAAAGCUCAUUUAUUUUGGGACCACAUUUUGAUGUGGGGAAGCAGCAGUGAUCUAAAUGUGAAUUUAAACUAUUUUGGGAGAUAAAUAUCUUAGCUUUUCUCUCGAUUCUUGGUUGUACCAAAGCUCAAUUUAAAACUACAUGCUUCUGAAACGUACAGAGCUGUAGUUUUUUCUGUAACACUGUAGUAGAUAGGCCCCUGUUUAUACAUUUUAUAUGAAAUUCUAUUGAAUUCUAAAAACUUUUUUUUUAUUUUAAAGGGUGAACUAGGUCUGCACAUGUUUAUUUAAGAAGACCAAAACAUAUUGGAGCAGUAUUUAGCUCGUAAAAAUUGUGGUUAUAAUCACUGUGUUUACACAGAACAGUAUCUUCUUGUAAAUUCUGGACAAUCUGGUUUUCAUACUGAGAAAAAAGACACUCUCACUCUAUGGCUGAACAAAUGAUGAAUUACCUGCAAACAGACCCUUAUCUUUAUCAUUCUUUCUGCCAUGAGGUGAAUAACUAUUCCCCUUUUGUUACCUUUUGCUUUUCACUUACAUGUAAAAUAGUUUUUCUACCUGUGACAGAAAAAAUUUAAUGCUUGCUUUCAGUUUCUUGAACAAAUAUUUUUUGCAGUUCGAGAAUUUUAGAAUCAAGGAGCCAAUUUUAAAACAUGUACAGUUGAAUUGCCUUGUGAUGAAUGAGUGCUCUAGCACAUAAGAUGAAACCACCGAAAGUAUUGUGUAGACAGAAGUGCUGUUGUGUGGAUGUGUGAUACAAAACUUGUUUGUAACAAAAUAUUACUCAUUCAAUGCUGGGACCAGAUGAAUAGAUAAAUUUCUUGAUUUAUUAAUGAUUCAGUUGAGCAUCUCUUUUCUGUCAGGUGCUAAGUACAUAACUUUACACUUGCACAUAUAGGUUUUCUUUUUGUCAUUAUCAUUAAUUUUUUUAUGGAUGAAAAUGGAUCAACAGCUAAGUAAACAUUUUAGUUUUUUCUUUUCUACAUUGACACAUUUCUUAUUAUUAUUCUAUGCUUUUUAAGGAUGUGGAUUGCCCUUUCAGUCUCCUAUACAAAGAGAACCAUGUUCUACCUUCCUGUUGUGAAGUUGAUUGUGGAGUCUGUCCAUAUGAACAAGAGAGAGAAUUGUCAGGAGUCGAAAUGAGGGAUGAUGAACAUUUUUCAAGGUGUAUAAUGGAUGUUGAAACAGAAUAACUAAAUGUGCAUAUAUGUUAAUGGAAGUUUUGGACAGAAGGGGAAGCUUUCAUGAACUUACGUGAGGUAACGGUCUUAAGUAUUUGAAAGGAGAAAAAUUCAGACUCAAUAUAUAUAUUAAUAUCUGGUACAAGUCAGAUACGUAAUCCAUUUCAGCAUUGAGGUUUAGAAAGAGAGUAAGUAUCAUAGUAACAGGAAAAGUGUGUGUGUCAUUGUUGCCAAUUGUUGAUUGCAUCUGAGGGAAAUAAAAAAAUUCUGUGGUCUUCGUUUGUGAUGCUCAUCACUCUUACCCAGUAAGAUAGUUGUCUAUAUGGAAAUGCAGACUUUCACAGUGAAUCUCGAUGAUGACGUUUUCUCAGGUUAUCAGCCGAGUCAAGGUGUUGUCCUGCUGCAGAAUGAUGCCUUGACUCAGCUAAGAUAAUUGUCAGCUGUUAGUGACAUUGCAUAUUGAGAAGACUUUUUGGGUCAGUUAUUAAGUGUUUAUUUGAUGUCACUAUGAAAACAGUGUUUUAUCUGAUAGGUCUUUGAACUGUUCUUCCAAAGUAGAAAAUUCCAUCUAAAUUAGUUAACUGUUCCCAUACCAAGUGAAGUUAUUUAGCAUUAAAAGACUAGACUUAUAUCUAGAUAGCAAAGGGUUCAAAUCUCCAUCCACUAACCUUGAUUCAGGUUUUCCCAAUUUACCUAAGUAAGUUAAGGUGAAAAUCGAGGCAUUGCCAACUCCUUUCCAUAUUCUCCUUGACUGAGCUAGUGAUUCACCAGUAAUUACCACAAUGAUGGUGGCAUAUUACACCAUAUCUUCUUUAUACAGUGUGCAGCUCAAGGGCCGUUCUUGACAAUAAUAAACACAAUUGCGUGGUCUGGUAUUUUGACAUUGAUACGCAUAUUGCUGAUCAGCUAGGAUGACUGAAAGCUGACCAUAUUAUAUCACAUCCUUUAGGAUAGUUAAUGAUAAACAUUGAUCUGUCAGUUUCACUGUGUCAUGUAAGUAUCU